UACUUAAUGCAUCUUCCUUUAUUGUGUUUUGGAGACAACGCUACUAUAGUGUCUGCUCUUCACACACCUUAGAGGUAGCAGUGAGAGAUCGGUAACAGGUUCAUCGUUGGUGUUUGGCUCUGCACCAGAGGCCACAGGGAUGACUAGCAACUUCUCCUCCCCCAGCGGGCGAAGAGACUUCUUUGAGGAGGCUUUGUUCAAGAACCUCGCAGUGGUUCUGUUUGGCCUUGUUAUUAACUAUAUCAAUGGGACCCUGUUGUACACCUUCUUCAACGUAACCUUCCACAGCAACUCCAGGUACAUCCUGUACAUGCAGCUGAUCAUCAAUGACAGCAUCAAGAUGUCUUUCAUUGUGGUCUUGCUUGUCAUGUCAUAUGUCUGCCCUUUCCUAAAUGUGUCCGUGUGUAUAAUUCUGAUUCUAAUAGAAAGCAACACUCAUAAGAACGCUCCUCUGAACUUGGCAAUCAUGUCUAUUGAACGCUUUGUAGCCAUCUGUCAUCCUUUACAGCACCCUCUGAUCUGCACAGUGAGUAGGACCUAUGCGCUCAUCGCCUGUAUUUGGGUUGUAGGGGCCAUCCCUGGGUUCAUAGAUGUCAUUGUUGCCUUUGUCUUAAAGCCUUUGUCAUUUUUCUCUACCGGUAGGAUGUGCUAUCAUCAGAAUGUCUUUGGCUCAGUUCACAAUUAUAACAACAACUAUGCCACCAAUAUCCUUUACAUGUGCUUUGUGUGGAUCACAUUGAUCUACACUUACUUUAGAGUGAUGCUUUCAGCCAAAGCUGCAACCUCAGAUCCAGUUUCAGUCAGAAAAGCCCAGAUUACUAUACUACUGCAUGGGGUGCAGCUUCUACUCUGUAUGCUGUCCUACAUCACUCCUGUCAUGGACACUACCCUCAUCAUCCUCUUCCCCAACUUCCGCUCCAUCAUACUGUUCUGCAAUAACAUCCUAACUAACAUGUUACCCCAGCUGCUCAGCCCUCUCAUCUACGGUCUACGAGAUCAGAAGUUUAAGAAGCACAUAAAGGGUUCUCUUCUUUGUAUGAAAACCAAUCCGGUGGUGAAACCUAACUGAAACCUAAAGCACUCAGGGCUUAUUCAGUGGGGUAAACCAGUGCAACAUGUAGAACAUUGCUACUAGACAUUUCUACUGCACUUACAUGAAUGUUGUCAGGUGCAGUGCUCCACUACCUGCAGUUGAA